AACUUAGGUGAUGGCUCUCCCUGUGUUGUCUGCAUUAACCCCAGAUGGUCCCAAAAGCAAAGAAGAUAAAUAUCGCCGCCUGUCUUUUCUUUCUUUCGCUUUUCUACUUCUGAUCAAGUAUCAACACGGCUCUUUUUCUCCCACUAGAUCUUUCUCGCUUUUGGUGCUGCGAAAAGCAAAUCUCAGGCUCUCGUUUCUCUUCACCCACUCUCUUCUUUAAGAAAAAUCCGUCUUUUUUUUUAUCUGAUUGAAAUCCUCAAAAACCUUUAAGUUCCAUUAUUUACGCUUUCGUUUUCUCUAUAUUGGGUUCUUUUUCUUCCCUCCAUUGACGACUUAUUAUUUUGGGAGCUUGGGUUUUAAAGGAUUUAAAAAAAAAAAGGUGUUUCUUUUAGUUGCUUCUUCUUCGAGAUCUUAUCUCACUCCGCUUAGAAAUUAAGCUGAGAAUUUUCUUCCUGGAAAUUGAUGCUAAAAUUCUCUUAAGAGUUUUCCUUUUCGUUUUAAAGGACGAUAACUUGAGCUACAUAGAAUGGUUCUCUAGCUUAAGGUCUCAGCAGUCAGCGCAACACAGCAGAAGAAACAGAGUAAAACAGGGCAAAACAGGGAAGAAUAGAGGAAGGCUCAAUGUAUUCAAGUACCCAUCAAAACUAUCAAAACCAAAACAAUCAACCCAAUUCAGGGUUGUUACGUUUUCGUUCAGCUCCAAGCUCUCUUCUUACUAAUUUCACCAAUUUCACCAAUGGCCUUGAUUGCAUGGUUAACAAAGGAGGCUUCGACUCAGGCAGCUUGAUAUCCAAAUUCAUGAAUUCAAGCGGCGGCGGCGAUAGCAAAAUCGAGGAUAAAUCUGAGAGUCGGACAGAGGGGGCUGUUAACUAUGGGAAUUCGCGGCAGGGUUGUUCUGGAUUACCGCCUCAUUAUCCGAGGCAGAGCUCUGCUUCGAGUUCCUCUGCUAUGGAUAGCUCGUAUGAGUUGCUGGGAAUGGAUCACCGCAGUCCAGGGAAACCAGUUACUUCUAGCCUAAUGAGGCAAAGUAGCUCGCCUCCAGGGCUUAUUACCAACUUAUCUAUUCUAAAUGGCUAUGCCAGCAUGAAAGGUUUGGGAAACUACUACGGGGUGAAGGGUACAAAUGUAGAAUUAAGUCCAGCUUCAAACAGAUUGAAGAAUCAGAUUAGCUUCUCGUCAAGACUACCUUCUUCCUUGAGUAUGUUGUCGCAGAAUUCUGAAAUUGGCAAUCAAAGUAUUGGGGCUAAUGGCGCUGAUGAUGGCAAGCUUGGAAAUAGCAAUAAUGAUGCUGGAUUCUAUGGCACUGGAUACCAAUAUGGUUCUUGGAAUGAUUCUGCACACUUCACAGAGAAUUUUUCUGGUUUGAAAGGGACACAAGAUGAUGACCGGAAGUUCUUUCCCACUAAGCAGAAUGAAGAUCAUGGAAGUCGUGUUCAUGUAUUAUCUCACCACUUGAGUCUGCCAAAGACUUCGAAUGAGAUGAUUGCUGUGGAGAAGUUUCUACAUUUUCAAGAUUCCGUCCCUUGUAAGAUUAGAGCUAAGCGUGGUUGUGCCACUCAUCCUCGAAGCAUUGCAGAAAGGGAGAGAAGAACCCGGAUCAGUGAACGGAUAAGAAAGCUACAAGAGCUUGUCCCAAACAUGGACAAGCAAACAACCACAGCAGACAUGUUAGAUUUGGCUGUGGAGUACAUCAAGGACCUCCAAAAACAGUACAAGACUCUUAGCUACAAGCGUGCAAACUGCAAGUGCUUAAAUAUUCAGAAACCAGUCCCUAAUCAGAUCGUAUGAUUCACUUUGCUACCGUACAAAAGAUAAAGAAAGUAAUGUGAGAGAAGGGAACAGUAUUUUGAUCUGAAUGAAUUGUUGCUCUUUUUGAUGUGGUGAACCAAGUAUAAAGCAGCUUUUACAUUUUUCUUCUUUUUUCUUUUUGUGAUGUAAAAUGUUUGGCUGCAUUCCCAUUACAAGAUUCCAAUCCUGUAAGCUAAUAAAGCUUCCCAUUUGAAGAAAUAAAGAGAAAAUUGUAUAGGACAUGGUUCUUGUGUUGCAUUCUUCAUUAUCGUUUCUCACUUUAAAAUGUCCUUUUUGGGUUAGCUUUUAUAAGUUUUGAUUUUUAUUUCAAGUGUGGCUGGCUAGCUUCUAUUUGUUCAUCAUCCCAUCUUUGGUAAGGGCAUUAUUUAGCCC